AUGUGGAUACGACCUGAGAUCCACCCAUGCCAGAAACAUCAUAAUGACAUUCCUGAGUUUGAUGUACAAUCUGAUUAUGUAGACCUUUUGAAUAUGGUUCAACGACAUACUCGUUGUAGCACAAGUUAUUGCCUUAGAAAAAAAUCUGGUGAAUCAGAAUUGAAAUGUAGAUUUCAUUUUCCAUUUGACCACUGCUGUCGGACAAAAUUAGAAUUUGAAGAAAUUGACACUAAAGGUGACAACAUACAAUAUAGAGCAAAAAUUAUUACUAAAAGAAAUGAUUCAAGGUUGAACAAUCAUCAACAACUUCAGCUGCAGGCCUGGAGAGCUAAUUGUGAUAUACAAGUAGUUAUUGACCACUAUGCUUGUGUAGAAUAUCUGACUAAAUAUGCUGCUAAAGGUGAGCCAAGGUCGCCAAUCCUCAAACAAGCAUUCAAUUCUAUUGUCCAAAAUGUUGACAAUAAUACUGACCCUCAUAGAGCCAUCAAGAAGAUAGUAAUGAAAUCUCUUGGUGAAAGAGAUUAUGCAGCUCAAGAGACAAUGCAUCAUUUGCUGUCUUUAAAACUCCAUAGUUCAUCAUUUAAAGUUAUUCCAGUGAGCCUAAAUGGUUCACGUAGAGUACGUAACAAUAUAUCUAUUGAAGAUGGUGAUUCUUGUACUGAUAAUUCACUUCUUGACGUUUAUGCUAACCGUCAAGGAUAUGACAGUUCACAAACAAUUAGGGACAUGAACUUUGUACAAUUUGCAACAACGUACACAGUUGUUAACAAUGAGCUCUCAAAAUUACCAGAGAAUGUUGUUCCAAGGGUAUUUCCAACCUACUCUCCUAACCCGAAAGGUCCUAAUUUUGGGCUGUAUUGCAAGUAUCAACUUUUGAGGUAUAAACCCUGGAGCACAACCCAAAACAAUGCAUGGGGAGACUUAGAACCAACUGAUGAAAUUCUAACCAACCAUUGGCAAGAGUUCUUGCAAACACCUUAUGCACAAACUCAUGUACCAGACUGGUUCGACAAACUUCAAACUGUUAUUCACAGUCAACAAGAACCAGAAGAUGAACCUUGUGAAGGACAAGGUAAUACCCGAGAGGAAUGGAUGAUCCUAUCUGAUCUUCAUACUCCAUUUGAGAAUUCUGAACAAACACCAGAGUCAACAUAUGACUGGCAUCAAGAUAGAGCACAGUAUUCUGAACAACAAAUUCAUGAAAUUCCAGCAUGGAUAAAAAAUAAGAAAGAUAAUCAUAUCAAUAAUGAACACUAUGAAGCUGUUGAUAUCAACAGUUUCAGUAAAAUGCAAGGACUUGCUUAUAAUAUUGUCAAUACACAUUUAAGUAAUACUUCAUGCGACAAAGAACCGUUAUGCCUCAUUGUUAUUGGUGUAGCUGGUACUGGCAAGAGUUACCUUAUCAAUGCACUUCGCAAUCUUUUACAGAAUAAAUGUGCAGUCACUGCCACAACUGGUAAAGCUGCUUUUAAUGUACAGGGUAUUACUAUUCACUCCUUGUUGAAGCUACCUGUUAGAUCACGAGGUAAAAAGGAUUUGACAGGUCAGACUCUGUGCAGACUGCAGGAAAGUUCAAAUGGUGUUGAAUAUAUUGUCAUUGAUGAAUAUUCUAUGCUUGGUCAAGUUACUUUUGGCUGGGUAGAUAAACGUUGUAAGCAAGCAAUGGGAUGUAACGACAAGGUGCUUGGUGGAAAAUCCUUUAUUUUAUUUGGCGACCCAGGUCAGUUGCCACCUGUAGCGGAUAAACCCCUUUAUCACGCCAAACCAUCAAAUGCUGUUGGUGAACAAGGAUAUCAAUCUUACAGUAUGUUUGACAAAGUGAUCAAACUCACUGUCAAUCAGCGAGUGCAAGGCAUGAGUUCUGAACAAGUCACAUUCAGAGAUUUAUUGUUACGACUCCGCAAAGGUGAAUCGACAGUUGAUGACUGGAAAUUACUUUUGACUCGUCAACAUUCUGCUAUUUCAAAUUUGAGUGAAUUUGAAGAUGCUACCAGACUGUUCUACAGCAAUGAACAAGUUGCAAAUUACAACCAUGACCAACUGAGUAAACUUGAACAUCCAGUUGCUCACAUCAAUGCUUGCCAUUCAUCAGCAAUUGCUAAGAAAAUUCCUUCAGAAGAUAUGUCUGGAUUAGAACCUGUACUGUUUUUAGCAAAAGGUGCUAGAGUGAUGUUAACGAUGAAUUUAUGGUCAAGUGUUGGUCUUUGCAACAGAGCAACUGGAACAAUAGUUGACUUUAUCUUUGAAAGCAACCAUCAGCCACCAGACUUUCCCGUUGCUGUUAUAGUUCAGUUUGAAAACUACAGAGGGCCUUCGUUUGAUCACACUCGGCUAUCUUGUGUCCCUAUAUGUCCAAUCACUGUCUCAUUCCAGUCAGAAAAUGGUUUCCACGAGAGACAGCAAUUACCUCUGAGACUUGCUUGGGCUCUUACUAUUCACAAGAGUCAGGGACUUACAUUACCAAAAGCUUGGAUAGACAUUGGUAAGUCUGAGAGAACCGCUGGAGUCUCUUACGUUGCAAUCAGUAGAGUAAAAACACUGUCAUCUUGUGUCAUUGAACCAGUGACGUACGAAAGAUUGACAAGCUUAAAAUCUUCAGCGAAUUUGCAGUUCAGACUUGAAGAGGAAAACAGGCUAGAUCGUUUAGCACAAAGUACACACAGUGCAUUUAGCUUGUCAAACUAUUGUGGUUGA